AUGCACGGGCGAGACGGUCAGCAGCAGCAGCAGCAGCUGCAACAGGAGCAGCAGCAGCUGCAACAGCAGCGCCUCCAGCAGCAGGAGGAGCAGCGGCACUCGAAGCAGCAGCAGCAGCAGCAGCGGCCGGGGUGUGUCCUUCCGCAGCAAAGUUCAGCCUCAUACAGACAACGUGAAGAUAGGCAGCAGCAAGACUGGCAGCAGCAGCGGCAGCAGCAGCAGCAGCACAGGCAGCUGUCGGCGCCGCAGCACGAGCAGCUGCUACAGCUCCAGCAACAGCAGCAGCAGCAGCAACAGCAGCAGAUGCAGCAGCAGCAGCAACAGCAGCACCAGGGAACCGAUGCAGCAGCAGGAGGGCCCUCAACCAAAACUCGCCCCUCGCAAUCUGCUACAUACAGCAGGGGCUGGGAAGUCAUAGAGGUUUUGGGCAAUUUGAUCCCUGAGCGCCGCAGCGGCGCAGCCUCUUGUGUCUAUAAGAACUGUUUGUUCGUUUUUGGGGGUUACGGGGGUUUGUCUCGCCUGGGGAACCUGUUCAAGUUUGAUUUCAGCACGUCUCGCUGGCGCGAGAUCAAAGCCCCCGGCUGCCCCAGCCCCCGCGAAAGCAACGGCGCUGUUGUCUUAGGCUCGAAGAUGUUUAUUUUUGGAGGUUAUUCGGGGACUCACUGGCUGAACGACUUGCACGCUUUUGAUCUCGAGAAGGAAGAAUGGACCGAGGUCCCGCACUGGGGCAUGAAGCCUUCUCCCAGAUUCGGGUACGUGGCAGCUGCGAAUUCUCUGAAACCCUCGAUUUUGCUGUUCGGGGGCUACGACGGCAGCAACUGGUUAAAUGACUUAAAUGAAUUUAAUCCCCAAACCCUAAUGUGGAGUCCCAUAAGCCAGCGAGGGCUUAUACCCUCGGGGCGCAGCUGCCCGGCCUCCGCCAUGCACGAGCAAGGACUGUACCUCUUUGGUGGCUACAACGGCGUGGAGCGAUUGAGCGACCUUUUUAGAUUUGAUUUGAUAACCGAAGUAUGGACUGUUAUUACAACGUUCAGUGGGCCCCCCAGGGGGGCCCCCCAGCCCGGCCAGUUUUGCUGCUGGGGGCCCCCCACUGCUGCUAGCGGCGCUAGCGAAGCAGACGCAGCAGCAGCAGCAGCAACUGCUGCUGCUGCUGCUCCUUCGGUGGCAGUGCAGCCGCUGCAGCAGAGACGCAGCGCCGGCCCCAGCAGCAGCAGCAGCAGCAGCGGGGGUUGCUGCUACUGCAGCAACAACGGCGGAUGCGGCGGCGGCGGUCGCCCGUACACAGCGUACAGCAGCAGCAGCAACAGCAACAGCAGCAGCAGCAGCAGCAGCAGCAGCAGCAGCAGCAAGAACACUGGGGGCCCUGCUGCUCGCUACUUUCAUGCUGCUUGCGCCAAAGACGGAAAGCUUUUCGCCUUUGGGGGAUAUUCAGGACACGAGAGGCUGAACGACUUUUAUGAACUCGACCUCGAAACGUACGAGUGGCGCUACAUCGACGGCGGGCGGCUGCUGCCUUCGGGCCGCAGCUCAAUGGUGGGGGUUAUUUUUAAAAACAGUUUUGUGGUGUUUGGGGGUUACGACGGGAGGGAGGUUUUGAGCGACUUCUACAGGUUUCCCUUGGACCCUCUCUCCCCACCCCCCUCGACGCUCCUCAGCAACCUGCUGUCUCUUCAAGGCCCAACUCCUCUUUCCGAUGCGGCCUUUUUGGUUGAAGGCAAAAUCAUGCGCUCGUCCAGAGCCCUACUUGCAUGCAGGUCAGAACACUUUCGCGCUUUGUUCUUUGGAGGGCUGAAAGAGGCCAACGACAGAGAAAACAAACCCAUACCCAUUGAGGGCAUUCGGCACGAAGUAUUUGCGGCCCUGCUCGAUUACCUCCACACGGAUUUUCUCCCCGCUGGUCUCUCUUGGCCUGUCUUGGUGGAGCUGAUGGUAGCAGCAGAACGAGUUUGCGUCGAACGCCUGAAGCUGCUUUGCAUCAAAAGACUUCGAGCAGCAAUGUGCAUUCAGUCGGCGGUGCAGCUUCUUUCAGCAGCAGACCAGUUGAGCAUAUUUGAGCUCAAGGAACUUUCUCUCGACUUCUUGGCCCUGCACGACGAAGAGGUCACCGUUGCCGCUGACGCGGCCGUGGGGUGUACGUACACCCCAGUGGUGCUGCUGCAGCAGCAGCAGCAAGAGAAACGGGAGCGACAGCAGCAGGAGCAGCAGCAGCAGCGGCAGCGGCAGCAGGAACGGGAGCAGCAGCAGCAGCAGCCACAACCGCAACAGAAGCAGCAGCAGCAGCAGCAACGGCAGCGCUAG